CCCACUGUUGGCCCGCCACGGGCUUGCCCCUUGAAGAGGGCACCUCCCCGCCUCUGCCCCCUGGCCCCCGGCCCCCGGCGCUGUCCGAGGGCGCCUCGGCCGCUGCCGCCGCUGCUGUCCUGGCCAGCGUCAUGGGCAACAUCUCGUCCAACAUCUCCGCCUUCCAGUCCUUGCACAUCGUGAUGCUGGGGCUCGACUCGGCGGGCAAGACCACGGUGCUGUACCGCCUCAAGUUCAACGAGUUUGUCAACACGGUGCCCACGAUCGGCUUCAACACGGAGAAGAUCAAGCUAAGCAACGGCACGGCCAAGGGCAUCAGCUGCCACUUCUGGGACGUGGGCGGCCAGGAGAAGCUGCGGCCGCUCUGGAAGUCGUACAGCCGCUGCACGGACGGCAUCAUCUACGUGGUGGAUUCGGUGGACGUCGACCGGCUGGAGGAGGCUAAAACCGAGCUGCACAAGGUGACCAAAUUCGCGGAAAACCAGGGCACCCCGCUGCUCGUCAUCGCCAACAAGCAGGACCUGCCCAAGUCGCUGCCCGUGGCCGAGAUCGAGAAGCAGCUGGCCCUGCCCGAGCUCGUGCCGGCCACCACCUACCACGUCCAGCCCGCCUGUGCCAUCAUCGGCGAGGGCCUCACCGAGGGCAUGGACAAGCUCUACGAGAUGAUUCUCAAGCGCAGGAAGUCCCUGAAGCAGAAGAAGAAGCGGUAAAGGAGCGGCCCCCAAAGGACCCCGGGGCACAAGCUCCCUGCCUUCCCCCGCUCUGGCCCCGGCACCCCUCCCCCUCCCCCUCCCUUCUCCGGCACACACCCACUCGCACCCACCGUGGAACCCAGAAACGUGAACCAAAGCGACGCGUCGAGUUUUCCAAACGAGAAUCGAACACUAUUGAUAGCCAGCGACAGUGAGCGGGAACCCCGGACCCUGGCACUGCCCCCCUCCCGGAUUUUGACUUGUCAGCCUGGGACAGGUUGGUCACCAGCUCCACAGCAGGCCAGGCAAGUGGAGAGAAAGGCCCGCGGAACGAACGCCCAUCCCCCUGGUGGGCUGCCUGCCUGCCUGCUGGAAGGGCCCUUUGUUUGAUCUCACCCCCUUUCCCACGGGCUAGGAGGAGGGGGAGGGGCCUGGAGGAAGAAGACUAGGAGGCACGGGGGAUGGGGCUUAGGGGUGAUGACUUGAGGGUUGCAACCUGCUGGGUCCGCCCUCCUGGUGGGAAGCGGAGGACGGCUUAGGGGGCCCCUGCGGGAAGGCCUAAUGUCUUGAAACUCUCCAGCAGAAUUAAGAACUUGGGCCUCCUUCCACCACCACCACCCCCUCCCCCCAGCCAAUUGCACCUGUGGGUUCUUAGAGGUACGGAGGUCGCGUCCCCUCCAGGCUCCCUACCCAGAGAAGGGUCAUGGGGGACAGCUCCAGCUGCUGUUUGGAUUGAUGGGCCAGCCCAGCCGGGUUUUGAGAAUCCCUUUCACGGAACAGGGCAGGCCCCUGUUUGCUAUUCCUUUGCUCCUGCCCUGGGCCCUAGCCAGGUGGAUGGAUGGAUGUUUGUUCGGGGGGAGUCCCUGCUGCCGCAUAGCAGACUUGGAUCACUGGAAACCCAGCCAAGAGCCUGGCUAAGGGAAAACCACUGUAGAAAACGCCCGUUUCUUUCACAGGAUGAGAACUGCCUUUCAUCCCUCUCCCCCCACCCCCCAGGUCCGGCAUCUUUGCCGCGGUUUGGAUCCAGCCCAUGUGUAGGUCAUUAGCCCACAAACAAAGAAACCAGUAACAAUUAAGAAACCGUUGCCUGGUGGGGGUGGUCGAAGGUCCAUUUAUUGCCGGAAAUCUAGUUAAGAGUAUUCAAAUGGCAAGACUUGUUCUGGCUGGAUGGGAAGAGGCUGAGGGGGAGCGUCUCAGUAUGCUAGGAUGGACAGAAAUGCCUGGGUCCAUCCAUGUGGGAUUUAAAGGUCUCUUGACGGGCCGGUUGGCUGGCUUGCAAGCUAGCAGCCCCUGCCCAGCCCAUGGUUGGUCUUUUCAUCUAACACCAGCUCUAGGCUGUAUUGAGGAUGAUUUUUGCAAGGCUUGCCUUUUGUCAUGUGAACUGGGUGAUGGAGGGUUAUCUGAUUAUCUUUUCAUUUAAAGAGUGAGAAAAAGGCUUUGUUGUGCCCCUUUAUAUCAUAUUACUCUGCAAGUGGAGACCCUCGGGGUUAUUUAACGAGGUUCACUGUAGCCUGUCCAAUGUAAGGAACUCCACAAAAUCGUCUCAUUAUAGUACUUGAUAUGAUGCACCCUGUUCCCACCCACCCACCCACCCCCCAAGCCCAUUUGUCUUGCAAAAGCCCACCUGACUGCAUGGAUUUCAAAGCACAAUGACCUAGGUCCUUGCUUCUAAAAUUCCUGUCUAAACUGGACUGCUGCGACAGCCAGUGCAUUGGCCCACAGCUGAACCCCGGUGUGGUAGAUGAGAUCCCCAGAGGGCUGAAGGGAGGAGGAAGCUUGGGGCAUGAUGUCAUCCGUGGGCCAGCAGGUGCCCAAGGAGGACUGGGAAAACAGGCAAGCUGAAGGGGAAAGAAAAAACAAAGAGUUAAGUAUUUUUAAUAAGACUUUUUUUAAAAAGAAAUAAAUGGUUUAUAAUCAGGACUGGGAGUCUUGGUUGCAGGAUGCUGGUCAUUUUACACAGAAGUGCAGUAUUGUCCGAAGGGAGACUUCAGACUUGGAGUUUGAUUUCCUCUUUGAAGCCAUGUUUACUGGGGUAAUUGUCCUCUGCCCUCCCUCCCCCUUUGGAAAAUUUCAUAACAAGGGAGUCAUUUGGAAAUUGGCCACUGUAAGGUUUGAGCAUGGGAAUGUAUCUCUAAAUAAAUCCCAAGCCAAGCCUCUUGAUCCAUUGCUUUAGAACAAAUCCCAGAUAGCAGUCCUGGCUUUUUGUUUAAAAUGCAAUUCUUCUAGCUAUUAGGGACAGCUGACUCCUCUUCAUUUGGGACAGGAAGAAUGGUGGCACCUUCCCUCGAGCUGAAGCCUAGUAGAGACCAACUCUAAGCCAGGCAGGAUGGAGAAGGCUAUGGAAUUCCCGUUUACACAGUCGUAAUUCACUUCCUUGUUCACUGAGUUCUGAAUGGGCUGGUCCCAUCAUGUAAGGAAACUGUGUGUAGAGAUUUUGUUGUUUGUCUGUUUUUCUUUUUUUUGUUUGUUUCUAAUUUCUCUUUUAGUUUCUUCACAUGCCACAGUUUCUUAUUAAGCACUUUGAGAUUUGUUAGCUCUACACUCCGGAGAGAAAUAAUAUAUUUAUUUUGUGACCCUGCAGAAGCCAAAUAUGGUGUGAUGCUCACUGGAGUUAGGUUUUAAGUCUUCAGACCCAGUCUGGCCUUGCUUUCCAGAAACCCCAAGUAGGAUUUUUGGUCUUUGUCAAGACUGAUUGAGGGCCUGAAGGCAGUCAGCUGUCUAGUUCUGAAACACUGUCCAUGAUUAACUCGUGGCCCAGAAUUUCUGUUGUUUCUGUCAUGUUUUGGCAUCCCUCCACACACUCCCUUUAACCCCAAGCUAAGCAUCACCUUCCCCUUGGGAUUGGAGGAGAACUUUCCUUGCUAAGAGCCCCUCCAGAUUUAGGGAUGCUUCACCUUAACCCCUGAAAGAAUGAAGGUGGGGGUUUGCUUUGGAGGUCGACUGCCCUCCCACAAGGCUUUCCAGUGGUUACCAGGAGACACAUAGGGAUGCUGCUUUGGUGGCAGACCUUGUCCUCUCAUAAGGAUUUUUUUUUUUUGCGUCUGUUCAAAUGUUAGAGUCCAAGAAAAACCUCCAUGCUGCCCCUUCCUUUUUCAUUUCCCCGGCCCCAUUCCAAUCCUCUCUGUUUUAAUUGUCCUUUUUGGUUCCUUCCUUUCUUUUUUAUGAUGCAAACAUGAUGCUGUGAACGGAAAUAAAUUAUUUAUACAAUCAA